CAUCACCGUCGAUGUUGAGGUAUAUCUGUGCCAGGGGUACAUGCGCGAGAGUCUGCGGCGCCUGGCGUCCGACGACGGCAUGGCGGCGCGCCUCAACGCCGGCAGGGUGCGCGUCGAGCUGCUGACAGGGGAGCACAUCACCGUCGAUGUUGAGAGAAAAGCGACCGGAGCCGACCUGCUGGACAAAGUGUGCGAAGUGCUGGAUGUAAUGGAAACAGAUUACUUCGGUCUGCUGCACGUGCAGCGAGGGGACCCGCGCGUGUGGGUGGACUUGAGGAGACGAUUGUCUAAGACCUUUAGAAACGAGCCGUGGGACGUGCGGUUUGCAGGCAAGUUCUACCCGCCGGAGCCGUCGGAGCUGAGGGACGAGCAGGCGCGCUACCAGCUCGGCCUCGCUGUCAGAAGAGAUCUCAUGGAAGGUCGGUUAACGUGCUCCAACAUCACGUACGCGCUGCUGGCGUCGUACGUGCUGCAGUCGGAGCUGGGCGACCGCGAGGCGCGCGUCAGCACCAGCGUCAUCGCCGCGCACGACGCCGUGCCGCUGCACGUGCUCACGCCUGAUCUGGAGGAGAAGAUCGACGAGCUGUAUAGGAAACACAAAGGUCAGACGCCAGCAGAAGCGGAGCUGAACUACCUCGAGAACGCCAAGAAGUUAGCGCUGUACGGGGCGGAGGUGCACAAGGUCAAAGACUGCGACGACGUGGACAUCUCGCUGGCGGUGUGCGCCGCCGGAGUCGCCGUCGUCAGAGACGGGCUCGUGAUGAACCGCUUCCCGUGGGCCAAGAUCCUGAAGAUCAGCUACCACAAGCGCGAGUUCUUCCUGCGCCUGCGCCCGAGCGAGUUCGACGAGUUCGAGACGCAGCUCGGCUUCCGCCUGCCGUCCAGCCGCGCCAGCAAGCGGCUCUGGCGCUGCAGCGUGGAGCUGCACAUGUUCUUCAGACGCGAGGCGCCGGUGAGGGUGGAGCGCAUAUCGGGCUUUCCGCGCCUGGGCUCACGGCGCGUGUCAUGUCGGCGCACGCUGAGGCAGCUGCGUGCCGCGCCGCGCGGCGUUACGGUACGCGCCAGCUAGCUAGCAGCCAGACAGCGACGCGUACCAGUACGCGCCACCUGCGCCCUAUAGCUGUUUCGAAUAUUGGUUUACAUCAGCAGUGACUUAAUAUGAGAUAUACCUACUAUGCAUCCCUGCAAUUUAGAUGCACCAGUCUAGAAUUUCAAAAACAGUGUGUAGUAAACAACUUAGGUAUAGUGUAAAAUUUGCGAGAGCGAAUAUUACGUUAUUCAUACAUUAGGUACCUACUGCCCCCUCUCAUUCUGAGACUCGUGCUCAGCAAUGAGCCAAAUAUGGGUUGUUAAUGAUGAUAAUGACGUACCUACUAUACCUCACUAAAUGGACAUUUUUUCGUAUCAAAUUAUUAAAAAUGUAACCUGAUUAGUGCUACUCUAUUAGAUACAUUAUAAUAAUAUUAUUAGCAGCACAAUUAUAAUAAGAAUCCACAUUAAUAUAUAUUUUAAUUGCGAUAGUCCACGAGUAUGCUAUAAGAUUGCAUGACAUAAAAUCUAAUACACAAGUGCCAUUAAAUUAAUUAUUUGUAAUAGUUUAGUUAGUCAGUAAAUAGUAAUAUCUAGGUUUCAGAAUAAAAGUAGUACAUAGAAAGAAAGGAAGAUAAA